UCUCUUGCUGUUUGCUCAACUAAAAUAACAAAAUCAGUCUAAGGGCAGUUUCACAUCUACAAAAAAAAAAAUCAAAUUUCAAACGAAUAAAGACCAACAAACACUCUCUCUCCCUACUCUCUCUCUCUCUCUCUCUCUCUCUCUCUUGUUUCCGUUUCUUGACAGGUCUCCAUAAUCAACCCAUUCCAUAGCCCACAGCUUCUAGAUAACGAAGACCUUUCUUUGCCUCCUUGUUCAACACUCCAUAAAUCAACAUAUAUAUAUAUAUAUAUGACCAUUCAUUGCUGAAAUAAUGCUUCUGAUCAGCCUUUGAUUUGUGACAUUGGAGAGAAAGAGAUGAUGGAUUAUCAUCGACUUGCUGGUAGAUCCUCUUACGAGGAUAAACUCAAACUCCUUGAGGCUGAUAUACAGCAUGCCAAUUUGCUGGCUUCUUCUAUUCCAAGUGUAAAGGGCAGUGCUUGUCUUCAAAUGAAAUUGGUCUACAACCCCUUUGCACCCAUUUUUUUGCUAUUUCUCCAAUGGAUGGACUGCUCAUGCACAUGUCUGUUUCCGAGUUAUUUGAAUCUCUUCCACAUAGUUGUAUACAAGGUGUGCCCAGAUGGUAAGCCACUUCUCUCUUCAUAUAGAAGGAAAGCAACCAUUAGAGAGUUCUACGCCGUGAUAUUUCCAUCUCUUCAACGUCUCCAAAGCAACCCAUCAGAGCUGGAUAUUGAUAAGGACAAAUGUCACGGCCUGGACUCGAUAGUCACGAAAGGACUAGAGAAAAAGAGAAAGCAUCCGGACGUUGAUUUGGAGAGAGAAGAUGAAUGUGGGAUCUGCUUAGAGCCCUGCACCAAAAUGGUUCUGCCAAACUGCUGUCAUGCAAUGUGCAUCAAUUGCUACCAUGACUGGAACACGAGGUCAGAAUCGUGCCCAUUUUGCCGGGGUAGCCUUAAAAGAGUUAAUUCAGGGGACUUGUGGGUUCUCACACACGGUGGGGAUGUAGCUGAUGCAGAAACCGUUUCCAAGGAAGAAAUGCUGCGCUUCUACCUCUACAUGAACAGGCUGCCCAAAGAUGUUCCAGAUGCUCUUUUCUUAGUGUAUUACGAGUAUCUAAUGUGAUUGGUAGCAGAGAAGAAUUGAUGUACAGGAUGAGAAAUCUGUUAAUACAUGUGGAUAGUCUCGGUGAGUUUUUUUUUUUUUGCCCUUUUAAUUGAACAUUUUUCUUCCACAAGAUCUUUGUGCAGAAUAAUGUGUAUCUCAGUGUAGAAGAACUAAUAGUUUAACAUAUAAAUAAAGAAAAACAAUUUUUUAA